AGGUUUAAUAUUUUAAGUGUUAGUAAACAUGGUUCGAAAACAAGCAGGUAAACCUGCAGUAGUUGGCUCUAAUGGCGACUCUGUUAAAAAAAACAGCAAACGACAGCCAAGAAAAGAAACUGCAUCCCCUGUGCCAACUGCAUCUGGGAAGAGCUUCCUAAACAAUUGGGUUAUUGUUGCUUUCCUAUUGGCUGGUUUUUGUGGGUGGCUUCACGGACUUCAUAUUUGGGCCAUGUUUGAAAAUGAUCGACAUUUCUCACACUUGUCUUCAUUAGAACGAGACCUAACUUUUCGAACUGAGAUGGGUCUCUACUACUCUUAUUAUAAAACCAUGAUUGAGGCACCAUCAGCCUUCAACGGUAUGCAGCAGAUUGUGUAUGACAACAUUACUGAGUAUCCAAGCACCAUUAAUGUAUUGAAGAGGUUCAACUUGUACCCAGAACUGAUCAUAGGCACAGUGUACAGAGCUUUUGAUUCAUUCACAAAAGCUUGCAAAAUAAAAACAAUGACAUGUUGGAAGAUUAACAGAGGAGAUUUGCCACCCAUUAACAGCUGUGAAGGAAUUGGAGACCCACAUUAUUUCUAUGUGAACUGCAUUUAUGCGAUCAAUAGUGUUAUGAUGUCCCUUGUAUUUUUGUAUGGCUGGUACAUAUCGGGAAAUUCAUUAUGGGGAGGUAUUAUUUGUGUCGCAUUUUAUUUCUUCAACCAUGGAGAAGCAACCAGGGUUAUGUGGACUCCUCCUUUGAGAGAAAGUUAUUCUUUCCCGUUCCUUAUUCUGGAGCUGCUUCUGGUCACAUACAUGAUCAAAUGCCAAAAGCCAGAUUAUUAUAAACACAUGAGUGCAAUUUGCGCUGCAGCUUUUUUCUUCAUGUUACCUUGGCAGUUUGCCCAAUUUGCCCUGCUUACACAAAGUGCUUGCGUGUUUGCUCUUUACAUGCUUGAGUUCAUUGGAUCAUGGAAGAUCAUGAUUCUGAUUCAUGCUCAAAUAAUUGCUCUGCUGGCCAACUUCGUAUUUCAGUUUGGAAACGAGAUGCUUCUAACCUCAUUCUAUGCCUCUAGUCUUAUUGCUAUCUAUGCAAUUGUUAAGUUUGAAAGAAAAAUAGAUGGUGCAGUAAAGAAUUUAAUUCUAAGAUGCUUAGUGAAGGGCUUUGCUUGGUUGAUUGGAACUUUUGGAUUGAAGAAAGUGAUUGCUACUGCACUCAUGACAGCUGACGAUGCCCAUAUUUGGGAAAUUCUCAAGUCAAAAUUUUCUGACUUCAACAACUUUCACACAAUGCUUUACACCUGUGCUAAGGAGUUUGAUUUUUUGGAGAUUGAAACUGUGAUAAAGUUGUGCAAGACAUUAUUGAUACCAACCAUGUUCGUGGUCACUGGAACUCUUGCUUUCAAAUGCUUGAAGUAUGAAUAUGAACAAUACAAGGAGAAAAAGGAAGCAGAAGGAAGUGAAGAAACGACAGAGGUUCCUGAAUUGGAUGAAGAAGCCAUCGCACAUAGAAGCAAACCAAUGGCAGACCUUGUGUACACUGUGUUACAGAUGAUUGCAUUCACUUGUAUGACCAUACUUAUCAUGAGACUUAAACUCUUUAUGACCCCCAUGAUGGCUAUAACUUCAGCACUCUUAGCUAACAGGCAACUGUUUAGUUUUGUUGGCUCCCGCCAGCGCCAUUCAGCCAUGAUAUGUGUUGUUAUUGCAAUGGCAUGCGUGGUUGGCAUUGGAAAUCUAACCCACCAAUGGAAUAUAAUUGGAGAGUUUGAAAACUGGCCACAUGAACAGUUACUCAAUUUCAUCAAUGAGAAUUUACCAAAAACUGCCGUCUUUGCUGGAGCCAUGCCCACUAUGGCAAGCAUAAAGCUCUCAUGCUUGCGACCGAUUGUAAAUCACCCUCACUAUGAAGAUGCAGGUCUUCGUGAAAGAACCAUGAAAGUCUACUCCAUGUACAGCAGAAGAACAUUGGAGCAAGUCCGAGACACAGUAGAGGCAAUGGGAGUUGACUACUAUGUCUUGGAGGACUCAUGGUGUGUCCGGAAGACCAGAGAUGGGUGUCAGAUGCCAGAGAUAUGGGAUAUUGAAGAACCAGAAAAUAUGGGUAAAAGGCCAGCAUGUGCUGUUGCCCGCGCUAAUCCAAAACCUUGGUUUGAAGUUGUGUACAAGAACGAUGUCUACACUGUUCUUAAAGUGAAGAAGAAAAACAAGCGUAAAACAAACUAAACACCUCUGUUCAUUCGAAAUACAUAAGUUUUAAUGCAAUUAGGGCAAGAGGACUAAAAACACAAGUUUUAUUUUUUAUUCAUAAUUCAAAACACCAAUGUUGCUAAAAGUAGGAGAUUUCAACCAUACUAGCAUCUGAAUCAUUGUGGACCAAAAACUGCCUUCUGUAUGUAAUUAUGAGUUCUGCCUGUAUGUUGCAAUGUGCAGUAUUCUUGGAAAAAAGUGCCUUUGUUUUUGCACAGUAUUUUACACAUUAAUAUGCUUACACUUAUGUUCACCUUAAAUUGUUCUGCAAUUCAAAAAAAGUGAAAGCUUUCUGCUAACCUAACUGCCUGCCAUUGCUUUGUGAGAUUAUUUAGUUAAAGUAUUUGUAGAUACAUGUUACUGUUGGUGUUUUGUUUAUUUUCGAUUCGUUUUAGUUAUUUAAUGUAUUUGCUUUGUUUCUGAAGACAAAAUUCAGCCUCUUGUGAAAAUGCCUAACAGUAGUAACUAAUACGUUUCUAAACCCGCAUUUUGUUAUCUUGCAUACUAAGUGAAGCUUCUCAUUUGUUUCUGUCAUAGGCUGGGUGUCAUCACUGUUUAGUGUUGGUGGCGCUUUGCAAUAAACAAACAUUACCUUGA